GAGCCUUUGGCUGCGCAUGCGCGUUGCCUCUUUGGCCUAUCCUUUUAACCCCCUCCUUCAGAGUAGACGCUCCGUCCGUGUCUGGGUUUGAGGACGGGGCGAGAAAAGGAAAGAGACGGUGGCGGAGGAGGAGCGGAGGAGAGGUGGUCGCCGUGACCUCAGCUGCCGCCGCCGCCGCCGCCAAGACGGACUUCUUGUGGGACAAGCGGACGGGGCUGGCGGCCAAGAGGAUGCCUCAUUCCAGAAGGUUCCGCUCGUCGGAACGUAGCAGCCGAGGAAGCUACUACGAGCGUUACAGAAGUCGCAAACACAAGCGGAGGCGGAGCCGCUCUCGGUCGAGCAGCAGCGAGCGCCGACAUCGCAGGGAAGACAGCUACCACGUCCGAUCGCGAAGUUACGAUGACCACUCAUCUGAUCGACGGGCUUAUGACCGACGAUACUGUGAUGGCUACCGGCGAGAGGGCUACAGCCGCGACCGAGGCGACGCCUACUAUGAGGCCGAGUACCACCACUCCUAUGAGUACCAGCGCUCCCACGACGACAGCUACCGCAGCUGCAAGAGCAGUCGGCGAAAGCGGCGGCGGAGACGCCGUCACAGCCGCUCCUUUAGCCAGUCUUCAUCGCAGAGUCAACCGAGCGGCCGGAGAGCCAAGAGCGUGGAAGACGACGACGAAGGCCACCUCAUCUAUCGCAUCGGCGACUGGCUCCAAGAAAGAUAUGAGAUUAUUAGUACUCUUGGAGAAGGCACUUUCGGACGGGUCGUUCAGUGCGUGGAUCACCGCAGGGGCAACACACGCGUGGCUCUCAAAAUAAUCAAGAACGUGGAAAAGUACAAAGAAGCCGCUCGCCUGGAGAUCAACGUCCUCGAGAAGAUUAACGAGAAAGAUCCAGAAAACAAAAACCUGUGUGUCCAGAUGUACGACUGGUUUGACUACCACGGCCACAUGUGCAUUUCCUUUGAGCUCCUGGGGCUCAGCACCUUUGACUUCCUGAAGGACAACAACUACCUCCCUUACCCGCUCCACCAGAUCAGGCACAUGGCCUACCAAGUGUGCCAGGCUGUCAAGUUUUUGCAUGAAAACAAGCUCACUCAUACAGACCUCAAGCCGGAAAACAUCCUCUUUGUCAAUUCGGAUUACGAAAUGACGUACAACCUGGAAAAGAAGCGAGACGAGCGAAGUGUCAAGAACACCGCAGUCCGGGUGGUUGAUUUCGGCAGUGCCACCUUCGACCACGAGCAUCACAGCACCAUUGUCUCUACGCGGCACUACCGGGCGCCAGAGGUCAUUCUAGAGCUUGGCUGGGCCCAGCCCUGUGAUGUCUGGAGCACCGGAUGCAUUCUCUUUGAAUACUAUAUGGGCUUCACCUUAUUCCAGACCCAUGACAACCGAGAGCAUCUGGCCAUGAUGGAGCGGAUCCUGGGCCCCAUCCCAUCCCGGAUGACCCGGAAGACCCGGAAGCAGAAAUACUUCUAUCACGGCCGCCUAGACUGGGACGAAAACACUUCCGCAGGGCGCUACGUACGGGAGAACUGCAAGCCACUGCAGAGAUACCUGGCGUCGGAAGCAGAGGAGCACCACCAGCUCUUCGACCUGAUUGAGGGAAUGCUGGAGUACGAGCCCUCCAAGCGCCUGACCCUGGCCGAGGCCUUGAAGCACCCCUUCUUUGACCCCCUCAAGCCCCCGCACCCCCCGGGACCCAAGCCCUGGGACGCCAGCCGGGACAUCAGCCGGUGACGGGCGCGGCGUCCCGAACCCCCUCCUUCCCCUUCGCAUGCAAGGCGCUCCUCCUCCGCACACUUGGCCCCUGUGGAGGCCGGCACGGGGGGGGGGGGUGUGUGCACGGGUCCAUUUUGGUGCUUUUCAAAGAGACAAUGCGGACGAAACCCUGAUCCCACCCUCGCUCCCCCGACCCUCCGGGUUUCCUUUUUUUAAAAUCAUGUAAAGCUUGUCUAUAUGUGAGAUAGUGUAUAUAUAAUAACCCAAUGGCAAUCCACUCCAUGUAAAUAAAACCGUGCCUCCCUCCAUUCCCCUUGCAGAUAUCUCCAUUCCCUUCCCCUUUGGGAGUUAUUUUUGGAUAAUAAUAACCAUAACCCCCUUGCGAUGACAGAGUUUUAUAUGGGUUUUGUACAGGCUUUGUGUAAAAAUAAAUACAUGAAUUGAUA